AAUUAAUCAGAACUUUUAUCUCUCAUUCAGUAGUUAUUUAUGGAAAGAGUUUUGUAGUGUAUAAUGUGCACUCACUCAGUCACUUAAGUAAGAAAUGUCAAGAGAUGGUACUAUGGAUAAUUUUAGUGCCUUUCGUUAUGAAAAUCGUCUAAAGUAAAUUAAAGAUUCCCUGAUGUCAUGCUAUAAACCGUUGCAGCAGAUAGCUAGACGUAAUCUAGGAAAGGAAAAAAUUAAAAUUAUUCUGGAUUCUAAGCCUAAAGUUUGUACUCUCUUUAAAACACUUUAUUGCAAAUGAAAUUAUUCGUGGCUACAAUAUCGUAAAGUUGUCAUUGGUAACCCAGACAGCACAUAACGCUGAAAGAUAUCUUUAAGAACUCUUUCUUAAGACGUCUUUUAGAACUGCGAAUAAGAUCUCUUAUAGACGUCAAUUUGAAGAAAUCUUUUUUCUGUCAUCAGAAAGACUUCUUAAUUCAGACUACAAUUUGUUAUCUCAUUUAUGACAAGUUUUAGAUUGACUCAUGACUUUCACUGAAUUUACUGCUCCUACGCAUGCGCGUCAUAUAAUAGUAAAACGCUUUAGUGCAAUCUAACCUAUAAUUAAAAUUUAAUUACAAGUAAAGUGUGUUUUUGUACAAAAAAUGUCCAAAAGGAAAUCAUUCAAGAACUUAUCUAAGAGUCAAAAAAAUAGAAGAAUAAAAAAAGAAUAUGACUCUUUAUUGGAGAUGCCUGGUAGUUCAAGUUGUGAGACUGAAAAAAUAACUGUGAAGGAAGUGAUAAAAUCAAAAACUGAUGGAGAAUAUGCGGAUAAUGUAAAAUUAUUAAAUAAUUUACAAGCAGUUAUCACAAGUGAAAGUGAUGAUUGUAAUAAUGAUGUAGUCAGCUCAGUGGAAUCAGAUGUUAAUGAAGAAACUUCAACAGAAAAUAAUACUUCAACAGAUAAUGAUGAAUUGUAUGAUAUUCCACAAAGUAAGAAAACAAUUGACUUGAAAGAACAGAUGGCACGAUGGAUUUGCCAUUAUAAUGUAACUCAUACAGCAGCAGGAGCUCUAUUAAAGGCAUUUAAUAAAUUAUUAGAUGAUGAUGCAGGAGCACGUAAUCAAUAUAAAAAGAUGAUUCAGAUCAGAGGUGGCAGAGAUGUUAAGAAACAUAUCCGUCAAAUACUAAUCACCAUAUUAAACGACGAUUUGGCAUGCAAACUAUCGUGGACAGGUCAAAAAAAAACGAUCGGAGUCAAAGACAUGAAAUUUGUUGAUGUUUUUGUAGGAAGUACAAAAGGAAGUGGUGCGAAAGUUUCUUUUACUUGACUGAAGCCAUGAUCGCUUCGGAGGCUUGCACCAUUCAUGAGGUCCAGACAAUAAUACAAAGCUGGCUUCAGCAUGCCGGUGAUCGCGUUCGAUACCAUGAAAAAAAACACAA